AUGACCGCCAUUACCGACGAGCCCACCACGCCCGUUGCAAUCCCUCACUCCGCCCAACAACCCCUCAACCUCAAACUGAACGGCGCUGUCCUAUCCCUUGACGCUCCAGACGGCAGUGGCACCUGGACACUGUCGAUCCUGCCCGACGCCUCGUCCAACUCCGCAAAGUCGGGCAUGCCCUGGCUUUUCCGCUUGCACGACGCGCAGGACAACCUUCACGUUCUGUCGGAGCAGGAUGAGAAACACGACUUCUCUUGUUUGCGCAGCGCUCGCGACCGAUGGCAGGCGCCGAGUCUGCACGCGCGCAUCGGGGCGUAUGCAGGCGAGCACGUCGUGGAGGAGCCAAACUCGGACGUCGUCGAGCGCAAGGUGAUGGGCCUGCUCAACAAGCUUACGGUGGAGAAUUUUGACUCGGUAUCCGACCAAAUCAUUGCCUGGGCAAAUAGGUCGGAAAUGGAGACCGAUGGGCAGACGCUCAAGCACGUCAUUCGUCUCAUCCUCGAUAAGGCCACGGACGAGCCUCUUUGGUUGGAGAUAUACGCGCGUCUCUGCCGAAAGAUGAUGGAGCAGAUCAGCCAAAAGGUGCAGGAGGACGGCAUUCGCAACUCGGAGGGCAAACCCAUCACUGGUGGCCAGCUGUUUCGCAAGCAUCUGCUGAACCGCUGUCAAGAUGAUUUCGAGUGCGGUUGGCUGGAUGAGAAGGCGGAGGCUGGCGUGAGACAGCCUGAGCUUUACUCCGACGAAUAUUAUGCAGAGCAGAAAGCGAAGCGUCAAGGUCUCGGUGUCAUUCGCCUCAUCGGCGAGCUGUUCAAACUGCAGAUGUUGACGGAACGCAUCAUGCAUAGAUGCGUGCAGAAGCUGCUCGACAACGUAUACGACCCUGAGGAGGAGGAAAUGGAGAGUCUGUGCAUGCUGCUCACCACUGUUGGCGAGCUCCUCGAUAACCCGCGUGCCCGCGCACACAUGGACGUCUACUUCGCGCGCAUGAAGGAGUGGACGAAGAAAACUACCGUCAGCCCACGUGUGCGGUUCAUGUUGCAGGACGUUAUCGAACUGCGCCGACGGAACUGGCGUGCACGUACCCCCAAUGCCUGGGCUCCGACCCUUGUGUAG